UAGAGAGGGAGAGUUAAACCUUGAAUGGGCCAUUGAGGUUGCCCUAUUACAACUCUUUUAAUAUAUUAAGAUGCAGAUAUUUCAUGUGCAUACAUAUGCAUUUACUAAUGUCGAUGGAGAUGACAUACAUAUGCAUCAUCAGCUAACACUCUAUAGAUAUUCCAUCACAGGGAUGUGUAAGCCUUAUAAGAUGUCUUUGUAAAUUCAGAUAUGUUAAUUAGUAAUUCGUUAUUUUUUGCAGGUAAUAUACAUUCUAAAAAUGAUUGGGAAAGACGAAUUCCACAACAAGCACUCAGAACAGAAGAAUUAUUUGAAUCCACGGUUUAUGCAUAGUAUUUGAAAAAUGAAAAAUAUAUUAUUCCAUAUAAUUUAGAGUUCUCAAAAGUGCUAAUAAAUUAUUUUAGCUUUUUGUGUUAGAUUAUUAGCCUAAAAGUAGAAAUAUUUUAAACAAACAAGAGUCACUGAAAAAAUAAACAUAUUUUCAUACCUGCCAUUGAAGCUCCUCAAAACUUUUAACCUGCAUAUCCUAUUUUAAUCUAAUUAAAUAGUACAUGAUUGGCAACCUUAUUAAGGUCCCAUAACCUAUUAAUUAUACAUUUUCUAUUCUAUGAUCUAAUAACUGAAAAUAAGAAAAAGACAUCUUGGUAACGAAACCUGCAAGAUUUAUGGUGAAUAAGAUGACAGAAUAAGAAAACUUUAAUUACAAUAUUUCUAAUUGUUAAUCUGUAUUUUUAAUGCUCCACAAAUUUAUUACCGAAAACUAGAAAUAGUACAAUCAAGUUUUAGUAUCAAGGAAGAAAUAAUUAUAUUAUAAAAUAUCAACUAUGAAUACAUAAAACUCUAUGGAGGUAAAUACCAUGAGGUUAUUAGUUAUUAGAUUUACAUAUUUUGUUUUCAAUGUCUAUAAAAAUAGGUCAGUGGUUAUUGUUGGCAUAAGAUCAGAAAACGAACAUAUUGAAACCAACAAUAUUUUUUUGAAUAACACAAAUCUAAUAAGCCUUGGCCAGAUUGUGGAAAAAUGUGUAGCCAUUUUAGGAAAAUGGCAUACGAGUUAUAUCUUAUUGAUUUUACAUAUUCCAGGUUUGAAAAGCUCAAAUAAUUUUGAAAGCUGGUAAUGGUCUGUGGGGGCAUAGUUUAAACUAAUUUUGUUCUCUUAAUCAAGUUAGUUAUAACAAGGUUCUAAUAAAACUGAAUUAUAAGAAAGGAUGAUUUGUUUCCAACAUUACAAAUUGAAAAAUGUUUUUACCAACAAUUGUUAAUAAAAACUUUUAAUUGGGCCUUAAUAGGGCAACUAAAGUUCACAGAAGGUUUGUAUCAACUAAAAAAUGUCUAAAUUAUUUUUUUCAAAAACAUGAGAAAGUAAACACCUUUUUUAUAAAAAAAAAUAUUAGACUUUAUAACCUCAUACCACCUUUAAGAGGAGUUGAUGAACACUUAGAAGCAUGUUUCAUUAAAUAUCAUAGAAUAGGACAUACACAUGUUUAAACGUAUAAAUCAUUUAACACAAAAUACAUAGUGUGUUAAAUCCAGAUAUUCACAACUGUUUGCAUUUUAAAACCAAUGGGUAUACAUAAUUUUCACACGUUUAUAUAAUUUAAAGAUCUGGGUAGAUUUAUAUAUCCAUAAGCAAGAAUAUAUGGGUUAAAUACGUAAAACUGUUAAAGAUGUUUUUGUUGAAAUAAUACAGAUUUAAUAUACCACACAAAUCAGUAAAUCAUGUACGUUUAUGCCAACUGGAUGCCUUAAAAUAGCUAUGAUUUGAUUCCCAGAUAAGGUAAUAAAAACAGAUUAAAUUCUUUUUAUAAAAGUUAUGCUUUUAAAAUUAUGAGUCAAGUAGAAUGUAUGACAUAGAUACUGCAUAUCUCACUUUCAAGAUAUAUGAGUAUACAUAUGUCACUUAUGUCAUACAUAUUUACUUUUCGGACCAUAUUUGCCAUGUUUUGAGUAUCUAUGUUAAUAAAAACAGAUAUAAUCUGUACAUCAAUAGAAUCAUGCCACGGAAAGAUAGAUUCGGAAAUUUUUUGUUGUUUUAAAAUAGUCAAGCGGACAAACCAAGAUCAAAUUGAAAACCAUUUUCGAAAAAAACAAGGUCAAACAUGAUACAAACAUAAUAAAUGGUAAACAUGCGAACAAGGGCAAAGAUGGAUGUAAAGGAGAUACCCAAAACAGUAGGCUAUUGUAAGUUAUGGUCUCAGAUCCAUCUAUUUGCUCUCAGCCGGGCAUAUAAGGGGCUAACCAACAACAAAUAUAGAACCAACCACAUUAUUGAGCCAUCAAAAAGGUCAGAUAAGAGGAUAACAACUAUGGCUUUGAGAUGGUCGGAUAAGGGGCCAAACCAACAACAAUCACAUGGCUCUAAGAAGAAAAAUCGAGUGGAAAGUCAUGAAGGCCAUAUCGAGAGGUUAUCACCUGGUCUGGUGGGGUGUGUUGUGUACGAAUGAAAGAAACGGCGGAAGGUAAAUACGAUGUACAUAUAGUGGUAGUUAGGUUAAAUAGUUGGGUGGGUUUAAAUGGAAAUAUAAGUUGGGCUGGGCUCAUGGGUUAAUAAAACAAAUGGCCUCGACUUCCAAAAUUAAGACUUACGGAGUAUUAGUUGGUAAUUUCGUAUUAGUUAGUUGUAUUUGCUCAAAUGAAAUAUUUAUUUGGAGCCCGUUUGGUGACUCUGUUUUUUGACUUAUCAGGCUUAUCAAUACGUAACUUUUGAUUUCACGCGUUGAAUUUUGUAAUAAUAAUAAAAAUUAAGGAUGAAGUUACUUUUCUGGCUAUAUUGACCGAAGUUACUGUAGAUGACCAUUUUUGCUAUUUGUUCAUGUAAUUUUUCUUUAUUUUAUUAAUAAAGUAUAAUUUAAAUAUAAUUUUUUUCAGAAAUCAACAAAAUCAACCAAUACAACCACUUUAACAUAAUUUCUUCAAUUCAAAUAUAAAAAGUACAUGGUAUUUGACAAACAAGUAAGGUUGUCCAGCUUCUCUUUAAUAUGUGUUAGCUUCACAUUUUGUCUGAUUGUCUGAUUUUUCGAGUGCUUUGAAAAUAUUGAUUUACAGUGAAUAUGGCAAACAAAUUGACCAUACUAUGAAUGUGGGUUGUAAAGAAUUGUUUCGAAAUAUGUAGACUUCGGAAACCUUAUUAUAAUUUUUAUUUCUUCUUAUCCCAAAACAUACUUCGUACCAGUUAUGAUUUGUAACUACUUUUUGCUUCAUUAAAAUUUUAUUUGUGUAUUAUGUCUACUAAUUACAUCCACUUACAUGUUACUAAUAAUGUUAAGAAAUACUACCCCGUAUCAUAAGAAUAUGACUUAAUUUAUGCCCCGUGCAUCGCACGGGUGAGAAUCUAGUUACAUUAAAAUGACUAAAAAUCUUUGAGGACAGAGGCCUUUGUUACUGGAUGUCUUUAAUUGCAAGAUCACAUUAAAUAGAGUUGGCAUUUAUCUUAAAACCAUUUUAGGACAUUCCGUAUUGUUGUAGUGCACUAGAUCAUUCUUUAUGGAGAAUUCUGGAUAAAACACGUUCUGGGUCGACGAAUAUUUAAUGCUCUGAAGCCGCCGUUUCCAGUUUUACAUAUCUCAGUGCAUGUUUUGUCUGCCUUUUAAUAUUCCAACGCCAAUAUAAUACAAAUAAGGAUGUUCACAAUGCUGAAUUAUUCCAAUUCUAAUUCUAUUCUAAUUCGUUGAAUUAGAAAAAGCAUUACAUGCUACAGCCCAACGUUUCCAACUUUACGAUUUUCAACAUAUUUUUUCGUUUAUCAGUUCAUGUUUUAUAUUAAUUGUCACUACCUAUUAAAUUAGUUAUUUUUUUUGGCAUAGUAACUGUAUUUGAGAGUUCCGAAGCUAUCUUUACCUAUUCGUAUUCCACUUUGUGUAUCUGUAUAUAUAUAGCUUCAGUGUCCAGGGCCAAUGUUCACACAUGCAAAUAACAUGCUUAUUUCUGUAGUGCAGAAUUUUGCCAUUUUUAUAUGACGAUAUGAAGGCAUGCAUAUGUGGAGUUCGAUUAAGGACUCACUCAAGAGAAGCAACGUUUCACAUCUUCAUGUAUGGAUCACAAUUCAUGUGUCUUUGGUUGUCAUAUAUAUAAAACUCAUUGAGAUAUCAUGUACAUGAAAAUGAAGCUAAUUUUUUGAAGAAAAAAAUCUGAAAAGUGCAUGUACUUAUAUAUCUGGCUAUCUGCGUUUCGACCGACUUAGAGAGAAAUUACUCGGGAGGUUGGCUGGAGACACAGAAGAUGCUCGAAGUUAGAAGACAAAAGGGCUGAGUAUGUUGGCUGGAGAAACCUGGGCAAGAUCCUUAGUACGUAGUACUCCCUCCGUACCAAAUUGUUUUGCAAAGUCAACAUUUUUUGGUCAACCAAUAAUAAAAGUCAAUGCUCUGUAUGUAUAAUUAAUUCAAUUUUUAAUAAUUAAAUUUUACAUAUUCAUAAACUACAUUAAAAUCUCUUCAAAGUUGUAAACUCCAAAUUAAAAUAUAAUUAAAAAUUGACACCCUAAUUAAG